AUGGCAGCUCGCUUUGAAAUUGCUUGCAUAUUUAAUGAGAAUGGCGAGUUGGUCUACGACUCAAAUCAGAAAUAUGUCAUUGACAAUUCUAACAUAGUCUUUGACGCAAAGGGUAUUCCAAUAAAGGCGAGUCUGAUAUUAAAUACUUCAGAACGCUUAACAGCGUCUAAAAGUAAUAUAACAGAAGACAUCACUAACAACGAAAAAUUGCUCUCUGUCAUGAACUUUAUGAAUACUAAAAUUAAGACAUUCUGUCCUUCAAACAACCAAAUUGAACAAAAAACUCAAACAGCAAAAGAUCCAAAUAAGUUGUCGAGUGUGAGAUUGUUACUUCUCCCGUCUUACAAUAUCAAAAGUAACACUUUUGAGAUGAGAAAAAGAUUUAAAACUGAAAAAGACGACGGAGCGUGUGGUUUACAAUUCUUUUUAAAUUGUUUCAAAAAUUUGCAAAUUAAAAGAAAAACUCGAGCUAGUGACACGGCAGUUUAUUUGGGAAAAAUUCCAAAUGAAUUCAACAACAAAUACUCAAACAUUAAAAAUGUUACAUUUGAUGAGUAUGAAAGGGAAAUUAUUACUUACAAGAUGGAAAAAAAUAUUAACUCUUUGGAAAAUUCAACUGAAGAAAAGUUUAUAAAACAAGAGGAAAAAUUGAUGGACUGCGAAGACCAAAUUUUUUUAAAAAAUUUUGAAAAAGACGAAAACACGAGCGUCAAAAUUAAAUUGGAAAAAGAAGAAAAUGUGAGUCAAAUCAGCACAUCUUCUCAACUACAAAGCAUUUUAAACAAUGUAGAUGAAAUAGUGCCAAUAUACUAUGUCCCUGUAAUCGUUUCAAAUAUCGACAACACGCCAUGCGCAAUACCUUUAUUUGACAUGAACUAUUUUAACACUAUACAGCCGUGUUAUGUCGAUAAAGAAAAUUUAAGUCGAGAUUUUGUUCUUGAACAUAGCAGUGAAGGUAUUAACACUCUUUAA